AUGUCAGAAUCAGACCCAGAGAAGCCUCAGACCCCCAUUCCUCAAAGCACAGCUGGUGUUCCUGAUCCUGCUCCGGUUGCUGUCGGGCCUGGAGGCUCAAGGGACGUCGCCGUUGGUGAGCAAAACCUUAACUUCACCACCACAGACGUCAGCCUGGUGGAGAUGAUGGAAAUCGAGUACACCCAGCUGCAGCACAUCCUUUACUCGCACGUGGAGGCCCAGGCUAGUGGAGUUGAAGUGGAAGCGAGGCUCAAUUCUUAUUCCUCGCCUGGUAAUUCUGCAGACCCCGCUCUGCGCCAGACCUCACUGAACACCGGUCAGGAGGGGUGUUUAUCCAACAGCUCUGGGAACCAGCUGUUUUACCCACCUGUGUGUCAGGCAGGCUUGCCUUCUGACAGCAAUUUGCGGAGUUCAAACCCACGUUUGGGCUGCACUGACUUUCAGGAGCUCAGAAUGAUGUUGCUCAGCGAGGCUAACCUCCCUUUGAACCAAACAGAUAAAAUGCCCAACAGUGGCUCUGUAGAAGUCCCGGGACACAGUUUAGUCAAAGUUAAACAUGAUGAAAAUUUUGUUGAGAUGAAUAAAGAAAACACACUUGUUGAAAAUUCGGCACUGGCACCAGAGCCGAGAUCUAAAUCUACAGUCAGAGUUCGGUUGGAAGACAGAUUCAACAGCAUCCAGACAGAAACCCCCAGAUGUCAAGAACCCCAAGAAUCUGGAGUAACCCUUAACAAUUUAGUAACGUUGAUUCACCAGCCGUCAGAACUGGUAGGUGCUCCUCUUCAUCAGCAAGAGGACAAGUGUGCUGUGCUGGGGAAAACCAAGCCUGCGCCCGCCGCGCCUGCUCUGCAGUUCACGUACCCGUUGUUCACGGUGAACGCGUGUUCCGCUGCUGGGAGCGCGAAUCCUUCCCAAGCACAGACCUCUGGAAUGUCUUGCGCUAUUUUGGAAGCUGCCAAACAUCAAGACCUUGGGAUACCCAAGACGUUGUCGUUCUGCUGUCAGGAAUCCACAAAACAGACAGUAGGUGCUAUGGAUAAAGCUUUGCCUGAGGAAGUUUGGAUUAAAGUUGGAGACACCGUAUGCAAGCAAGUGAUAAACAGAAGAAGUUGCAGCCAAAUAAGCCCAAACAUCGAUCGCAAACCUCUUGGUGAAAUUCACAACCUGCGUGACGACAGGCAGAGCGCUGCGCCUGCCCAGGCUCUGUGGAAGGUGGCACAGUCGAAUUUGAGCAUGCCGAUGCAGAGCAGCACACAGGAUGGGACCUUGCAGCGAAGAGAAAGGCAUAACCGCCUGGAGAGAGACAGAAGGCGCAGAAUCCGGCUGAGCUGUGACGAGCUGAAUCUUCUGGUGCCGUUCUGCACUGUCGAUACGGACAAGGCAACGACUCUGCAGUGGACGGCUGCGUUUCUGAAGUACAUUCAGGAAAGGCACGGUGAUUCUCUGAAACAGGAAUUUGAGACUGUGUUCUGUGGUAAAACAGGCAGGAGACUAAAAAUAGCAAGAUCAGACUCGUUUGUAACGGGCCCAGUGCAGGAAAACCGCGUGACUAUGGAGACCAAGUAG